UCCACCCCUAGCUACGGCCAUGUCGCCCCGUCGCCGCCCCUUCUCCUUUCCCCUCGCCAGCCACUUCUCCCCGCCGCCAAACCAGGCUGCCGUAGCACGAUCUCGGGAUUGAAUCGGACCAGACCCGGGCCGCGCCCUCGAGCAGGAGGUCGACGUGAGGGACGAGCCGCCCCGUCGCACUGCCGGCCUGCCGCGGUGGUGCCGCCCCCAUCCCGGAUGCCGACAAUGCCGGGUCCUGGAGUUGCCUGCGAUGGGGGCGAGGAUGGUGGAUCUCGGCGGGGUCAGUGAGGGCGGGGGAUGCCGUGCCGCCGGCCAAGAGGAGGCGGGUGGUGGCCGUGCCGUCCUUGAGGACCGCUACGGCGGCGGCAGGGUGGAGGCCGUGUCGCAAGGCCGGCCGCCAUCCAGCGGAUCUUCCAGUUCCAGACAUGAUGAGGCCAGAAGAUAUCGGCCUAAGGUCAAACAUGGCAUUCUUCAGGAACAUAUAAGAGUAUUCUGAUAUUUAUCAUAGUCACCAGGAAUUCUGCCUAGCAACACAGGGCUCCACAAAAGUGGCUUUAUUUUCUUCAGCCAUGACUUGCAAUUGCAAGAUGAUCCUUGCAGCUAUGACUCUCUGAGCAGCUCAGAAACACUAGCUGAGGCCAGCAGAAUGGAAAAGAGCAGGCCAGUGGCUCAUAUAAAGAGCUCUAUUUUGACAUGUCUAGUCACUUCAUGUAGCUCUAUCAUAGUAUCCUAUACGAAGCAAUCGACGAGAUCAUGAAGAGUAAGUAUACAUUUUGUCCUUGAUAUUCAUCACAAGCCUCAUGGCUCCCAGGACCAAUGUUUGGAGAAGCCAUAUAGGAAACAAAAUGCCCCUAGGUCGCUUGAUACUUGCUUGUUGCUUCUGCCUGAUGUCCGUUUGACGCACCUUGUCCUCCAGAUUGCAAAAUUUCCUUCUUCCACCUGAGGUUGAAUUUGUCUGAUGCGCCUCUGCCAAGGAUCUUGUUCCUGAUUGAUCUGGGCGAUCUAAUGUGGUGGUGAGAUUUUUGCGUGUUUCCUGUGUAGAUUAGCAGAGGUUUCUGUGUGCCGCCAAAACCUGUAUUUUCUGCGUUGGCGCCAAAACGGAAGCGCCAGGUUUCAGAAAAUUGACGGGGAAUUGGGGACCGAAUCGGAUUCAGAAAAAAGGAAUCCGUCCGUGAUUCUAUUUGGAAAUUUGACGCGUCCUCCGUCGCCUGCAAGCCCAUCGUAUAUAAAUAUCGCCGGCCACCUCUUCUCCCAGAUCCCAAUCGCCGGCCCUCGCUCCCCAUCUACCCCUUCCUAGCUAGCUAGCGAAGCACCAGUUUGGGCAGCCGCCGGGCAGGAUGGAAGGGCUGGACGUGUACCAGCACUACCGCUUGAACCCUACAGAUGUGGACGCCGUGACUUACUACCUGCCACGCCUCAUCGCCGGCCAGACGCUGCACGGCGCCGAUAAAUUCAUCCACCACGUCGACAUCUACAGCUGCGAGCCCAAGGAUCUGGCCGCCCGGAUUGCGCCCGUGCCGCAGGCCGCCAGCAGCGGCGACCGCUUCUUCUUCACCACGCGCAAGAGCAAGAACGGAAGCAAAACCCAGAGCGUGCGCACCGCCGGCGGCGGCACCUGGACCGUCAACGCUACCACGGCCGUCAAACACGCCGGAGUCGAGGUCGGCGAGAGGAAGAACCUGUCGUUCAGGAAGAAGGGCAAGUCCACCGGUUGGGUCAUGGAGGAGUACAAAUGCUUGCUGCCAGAGGCCGUCGUCGCCGACGGGGUGAAGGUGUUCUGCAAGAUCCACUUGGCUCAGCAUCCUCCUGACGCGGCCCGCCAGGAAUCAGCCGCGUACAAGCAUCAAGCAGAACCGCAACCAGAGGCCGUGACUGCGAGCAUGCACGCACAGAAGAGGCCAGCAAUAGCUCCCGCCGCCGAUCCUCAUCCGCCGCGCCCCAACAAGAGGAUGCGAGGAGCAGUCCCUGUCCCCGCACCUGCCCCACCGUCGUUCUUGACGUAUGAUGAGGCAGCGAGUGCAAUGUAUGGCCCGCUGGCUCGUACCAUCUUCCCUGUUCAAGAUGCUCUGGAUAUACCAGCGUCAAUCGAAGGUCCUUCAGCAUCAUGCGAGUCCACUACAACAUCCAACCACUCCGGCGUUGCUUCUUCCUCAGAUAAUAAGCAGCAACAAGCUCAAGCUACUGAGAUUUCCUCCCAAUCACUUGUGCUGGAGUCUGUCAAGCAUUACAGCCAACAACAGAUGAUUGUUCCUGAGGCUGGCUCAAGCAUUGCAAGGAGCACAUCAGAAGAGGUUGUCUUUGAGCCGUUGGAGCCUAUUUCCGAUUUGCCGGAUGUGGACGCAGAUGGUUUUGACAUUGAAGAACUAAUGAGAAUGAUGGAAGACGACCCAAUUGAAGUCGAGCCGGUCACUGGAGCCAACACUGGCGUGGAGUUGGGCCAACAGGAACCUCUGUACCUGGAUACCAUGGACCAAGGCAUGCUGGAGAACAUGCUGCAGUCCGAUUGCCCUUACCCAAUGUCGGGAUCAGAGGGUCGGGCCAUGCACAACCCUGCCUUCCAUGAUGCUGAAAAGGAGAAGAGGUACAAUGCCGCGUCGGACCUUGACGCUCCAUCGCUUCAGGGACACGACCACUUGUUCAAACAGCCCUUCGAUCCAUUUGAAGCAGCAUGGAAGGCCGAAGAGGCGCUCGAGAAGGAGAAGAGGGACAAUCUUCACGCUGGACCGCUUGGAGGACACAACAACUUCUUCUCGCCUGCAAGUGUCUACUAAGUCCGAUGUUGAAAUUGUUUUCAAAGUGUAUACGAGGAUACUCACUGGCUGAUAUUAUUAGUUCGUCCUUAUACGAUGGCCACACGUGUACCUCUGAGCAAUUUGCUCCACUUGUUCAUGUAAGCUAAAACUGUUGUUGUUCUUCUUGCCCCUCUGAUGGAUUUUCUGAACCUUGCGUUA